AUGGGAAAAACUGCCCCCGCGAAAGGCGCGGCCACGCCCAGCAUGUUCGGUGACGAUUUCCGCACGAGCAAAAAAGACAAGCGGACGAUCAAGCGUGCCGCACUGGUCUCCAAGAUUGAAAAGAAUUCAGCAAAAACGCCCAAGCGUCGACGUGCCUCCAAAAAACUCGUCGCAAACCUCGAAUCCCUCGCCGAUGCGCUGCCCGAGGCCGCAGAAGAAAACGAUGCAGUUAGUCAAGCCAACGUCAUCAAGCAGAAAACGCUGCGACACAAGCCCGGUGCACUGAAACGCCGCGAAAAGUUGGAGAAGCUGGAACGGGACCGCUUCAACAAGAAUUUGACCGAUAUGUCCAAGAUCACAACGCCUGUGGCAGCUCCCGCUGGCGAGACCACUCAGUCAAACCCAACGGCUGGCCGCUGGUCUGCCCUUCGUAGCUUCAUCUCACAGACGAUGGAACAGCAGCCUGUGUUCAAGGAAAAUAAAUAA